AUGGACAAUGAGGAGUCAAUGAAGGCUCCGCUGUUGAGCGCAGCAGCCAGAGCUGCUUUGGCCGCUUUCCCUGCUGCACAGUUCUUUGCGCCGGGUGGCAAGCGAGCUCCUGCUGGGUUUCAACCGCAGCGCCGGGGAAUCCUCGACUUAUAUAGUGGAGAUGCGGGCGUCGCCCGCGCUCUCAGCCGAAAGUAUGGUGUCUGGGUACUGACCUUUGGCUUUGACCAUGGGCCAGGGCAAGACCUGCUGAAUGAAGAAGUGCAACAAAAAAUUUUUGCUGCGCUGGAAGCGGAGAGUUUUCUAGGAGUAGGUGCUGCCCCGGACUGCAGCUCAUUUUCCAGGGCAGUCACUCCUGCCGUCAGAGAUACUGAGCACCCUUUUGGCAAACCUUUUAUUUCUGAGAAUAUGGAAAAGAAGGUACGAGUGGGGAAUGCCCAUGCUGCUUUUAUGCUGCGCAUCCUGCAGUGGUGCGAGGACCAUGAAAUGCCCUAUUGGGCGGAAAACCCGGACGGGAGUUUUCUCUGGUUGCUGCCACCAUGGAUCCAAACUGGCAUUGGGUCUUGCGCCCGUUCUUACAGGUUUGACCAAUGCCGUUACGGCACUCCUUGGAGAAAGAGGACUCGGGUAGUAACCAACACCCGACUUGCUGGCCUGCGCGAGCUUUGCCUGGGCUGUCACAGCCAUUUGCACUUGCGUGGGAAGAGCACACAAAAUAGUGUUUGUUGGACGAAAGUGGCACAGGUGUAUCCCAAGACGCUAUGUGAGCGCCUCGCAGAUGCACUGGCUGAUGCUGCUGGCCUUUUGCCUAUGCGCCGCAGGUUAGAUACUGCGAGCUGCGCACGCUGCCUGACGGCUCGAGUGGGCGAGGCAAGCCAUCCAGGUCCUGCUCGACCUCGAGAUCAUGGACCUCGUAACCCUCAGCUUCUUCAAGAUAUGCGCCUUGUUGAACCGCAGACGGCAGCAAGACAAGACAAACUUUGGUUGGAGCUCGAGCAAUGGCUGCGAGAACGUCUUAGUCCUGACACUCUUAGCCAGCUUUUUCUUUGCCCCGCUCUUGCGGUCAAUGUCUUGCAAGCAUAUGGCAUGUAUUUGUUUGAGUCUGGACGAAGAUUGUACGAGCUGCGGUAUACUUUGAUUGCUGUUCAAAACAACUUCCCCCACAUGCGCAUGCUGAUGGGGCCGGCUUGGGCUGUAGUCUCAAAAUGGGAGAUGGUACAACCUUUGCAACACAGACUCCCUCUCCCUGAGUGCGAUCUUUUGCUGCCCUCCGACCUGCUGGAGACUGACACUGGGGUUGCUUUUCUUCGAGUACGCCAACCGAAGACCCGUUUUCGAGGUCGAGGUGGUGCUGUUUUGGCGUAUCGCAGAGGCGAACCCAUAACUGACAUUUUGUGGCGGAUGCGAUUGCUUUCUUUGCCUACUUUGUCUAGUUACUUGCAGGAGCUUGCUGCAGACUCUAUGAUCACCCAUCUUCCUCCUCGAGUGCGACACCGGAUCCAUCAAGUUGCUACCCUUUUUCCUUUGACCUUGCAGUCCCUGGGCUCAGCCACUGGCGUACAAGCUCAUGGCUCCUUGUUUGAUGCAGCAGAGACCUUACAUGGCUCCUUGUUUGAUGCAGCAGAGACCUUACGUGGCUUCCCAGACCUUUUGCCAGUGGCUUCCACAGAGGAGGAGUCCGAGAAGGACAAGAACAGGCAUUUGGCCGGUCAAGAUCCAAACUGA